ACCGCUUCCAACUUCCAGAAUGGAUCGUCCGAGGCAUUGAUUGGCGACACUGUGCAGGCAAUGGUGGCGUCAGGUGAAAUGGAUCGAAACGCAAGUAAUAAGCACUAAAACUGUUUAUAUGUUGUUUAUCGCAUGUAUACAGAACUUGACGGUAGUGACAAAAGCGGGCUACUUGUCUGCUACCGACGUUGAAGGCUUCGACGAAAACAAAGACUACGUAAAAAUCAAUGACAAGAGUUUCCACGCCGUGUCAGCCAAGGUCAUUGAAAGCCAGAUCUCAAAAUCGUUAGAGAGGCUCAAGACGGAUAAACUCGAUAUCUUUAUGAUCAAUGGCCCGGAGCGCAUGUUGAUGGCAAAGAAUAGGGGUUAUAGCUCCACCCAAUUAUACAAAGAUCUAGGCGAAACUUUCAAAUAUCUCGACGCACAAGUGGCUAAUGGUACAAUUGGAGGAUAUGGCUUAUGUUCAAAUACCAUGGCGUUACCAUCAGCAGUGGACCAUGUCUCUUUAUCUCAAGUACUCGAUGCUUGCUCAAAACCUGACAAUUUCGUUGCUGUGGAGGCACCUUUUAACAUUUUUGAGCGCGAAGUAGCCGUUGCUGAUGGUAGCAAAACUGUGAGCGAUAUCGCCAAGGAGAACGGCAUCCACCUAAUGACCAAUCGUCCUCUAAACGCUAUCGCAAAUGGACAAAUCCGCGUAUUAGUGAAUCAUGCACUGGGUGGCGGUGAUACCGAAGGGUCGCGUUCAAGUGAACGUGAACUGAUGGAUAAAAUGUCAAAGUCAUUCGAUAAAGUUUCGACCUUGGAGUCAGAUAUGCUUUCUGAAUUACCUCUACAAGAGGAUAGCCUAACUGCAAAGUUUGUAUGGGGUCAGGUCCUUUCCGAAAAUCUGUCACGUCUAUCUCAAAACCAUUUUGCAGCACGGCACUACUUGUCUCAGCAAGUAUUGCCAGCUGUCGAGAAGGACAUCAAGAUACUAGAGAACUAUGCCGCCGAGCUUGAAGACGAUCGAGUGCAUGCAUUUGAUGAUUGGAUCAAUGAAUAUCGCGAGAGUGUGCGCGUUUUGGCAGAUGAUAUUGUGGGAUAUGCAUACAUUGACACGCUGCGCAAGAAUAGCGAGCUGGACCGCAUCUUGAACGCACUCAGUCCUACUCUGAGCAAGCAAAACGGACACGGUUUAUACUCGCCUUUGUCGGUCAAGGUACUACGACUCCUACUAGCGCACGAACAAGUCGGAACUGUAUUCACCGGAAUGCGCGACCCGAUAUAUGUACAAGACGCGUUGAAGGCCGCAGAAGAAAGCCAGACCAAUCCGCUCGGACAGGAUGACAUUGACGAGAUAUGGAGAUGUCCAAUUUUUGUAUAGAACGUAUUGUAAAGAAUUAGAGU